AUGGGAGUACCGGACACGCUUUCUCCCCAUGAUGGGGUCUUGCCACCGGACCCGGAGCAGGCCAGAAUAAACCACGAGCUUGCAGACUUGGAGAGACUAGGAAGAGAGCGACCAAAAUGCUUUGGAGGGGCUUGGUCAGAGAUCUCAUUUUGUCUUUCAAUUUUCAUGUCCCAAAUCCUUGCUGAAUACUACAUCUCAGGCUCAAAUGUGCUUCUUCCAACUCUCGUGAAAGAGCUCGACCUUCCCGAGGCCUCGGCAAUCUGGCCAUCGACUGCACUGUCUUUGGUCGUUACUUCGACACUGCUCAUUUUCGGCAGGCUAACAGAUAUGUUCGGGGGAUAUGCGAUCUACAAUGCGGGAGCUAUAUGGCUCACAAUCUCCUCCAUCCUGUGUGGUGUUUCCCAAACAUGGUUGAUGUUGGUGAUCUGUCGAGCGUUGCAAGGCUUCGCGCUGGCGGCCUUUCUUCCAUCCGGCAUCAUGAUUCUUGGCAGCACCUACCGACCCGGACCGAGAAAAAACAUUGUCUUCAGUAUUUAUGGAGCAUGCGCGGCUUUGGGUUUCUUCGUGGGAAUCUUCUUUUCUGGUCUUUCCGGUGAAUAUCUCACCUGGAGAUGGUAUUUCUUUUUCGGCGCUAUUUUGUCCGCUAUCACCGCGGCCCUUUCUCUUUGGUCCAUCCCCCGCGAUUUUGCCGAAAAAAGGAACUCGGGUGUCAAGAUGGACUGGCCUGGUGCAUGUCUCUCUGUUCCGGCAGCCGUACUGAUCGUCUUUGCCAUUGCGGACAGCUCGCACGCGCCUCAAGGCUGGAAAACACCAUACAUCCCUCUUUUCCUUGCACUGGGAUUGAUUAUCCUUGGCGUCAUGGUUUAUGUGGAAGGAUGGGUUGUUAAGAACCCGCUACUUCCUGGGGAUAUCUUCAAGGUGAAGUAUAUGCUCCCUCUUGUGAUAGCAUUGCUUUUCCUGUACGGAACAUUGGGCACAUUCCUCCUCUACGCCGUGCUUUAUAUGUCCGAUAUUAUGGGGGCAUCCCCCAUGCAAAUUGUGGCAUGGACCGCGCCCAUGGGAGUCGGCGGCCUCAUUCUGUCCGUUGGAGGAGGAAUGAUAUUCCACAAAGUGCCGGGAACCAUCUUGAUGAUAAUAUCUUGCCUUGGAUAUGUGGGAUCUGGGCUAUUAUUUGCCGUAAUUCCCAUCGGGGGCAAUUACUGGGCUUACGUUUUCCCAUCAAUGAUCUGCGGCACAAUUGGUAUCGACAUCAGCUUCAAUCUCGCCAAUGUCUUCAUCACGACAAAUCUUCCGAAGGCAAGACAAGGACUUGCGGGAGCAUUGAUCAACUGCACUCUACAUAUGGGAAUUGCAGUCAUGCUUGGGUUUGCAGACAUAGUGCAGACUGAAACGGUUGUUGACUCAGGAACCCGCGAAAGUUACAAAGCGGUGUUUUGGUACCAAACCGGGUUAGCCAUUCUGGGGCUUAUUAUAGUAGUCCUCUUUGUGAGGAUCCGAGAGGCAAAGAGCGAGUUGACACUCGACGAGCGAGAGGUGAUGGCGGCCACUGCAAAUGAAAGGACUGGUGAAGUUUAA